UUUAUUUUUGAAGGUGGUUUGAAGUUUGAACCUGAACGCUUGUCGUUUUUUUUUACUUUCUUAUAUCGGUUGUUUACGAUUAUGAAAUUAAAAUUGAUAAACCGGUACCUUUUGAAAUAAUUAUCACCAGUGUAUGAAAAUGGAAGCUAACUCCAGAAUACAGGUUGCUGUCCUAAAGGUACAUAGCAAGGAGUUUCCUUUAUAUAAAGGCCUGAAUGUGAUAGGUAGAAAUAAGGCGGCCACAGUGAAUAUUGUUAACUUGAAUGUGAGCCAGAACCAUGCAGUUAUUAUUGAGGUGGAUGAAAUCCAACACUACAUUAGUGACAUGAACUCUUCUAAUGGGACACUUCUACAUGGAACAAAGUUGAAGCCUCUUCAGUUAUAUGAAUUAAAUGAUUAUUCAAAUAUAGCUAUUGGAAACGUACAUGCUAAAUAUUGCAAACUUCCACAGCCCAUUGUGGUAUCAAACUCAAGCAUGCAAAUUCUGAACAAUACACAGAUGAGCCAGUCGAUGUAUGCUUGUAAUACUCAGUUGAUGAUUGAUGAAACAGUGUCUGAUAGUAAUACACAGAGUGAGAGGCAGCCACACAGCUUACGUUUGGUGCCACCUCCACCUAAGUUUGCCCAUGAACAUACUCAUAUAAAAAGGACUGAGAGCCAGCUUUUAGAUAUCCAUGAUGUAGCAACACAGGUUGUCACAUAUCCUGAGAGGAGAUCGCCUUUGCCUCCUGUAGUAGAACAGUGCGCAGAUCUUGACAUACAUGAUGAAGCGACUCAAGUAGUUGCUCUACCAGACAUUAUCGAAAGAAAUGACAAAGACGAUAUAAUUGAGAAUAAAGAACAGCAAAAUCAAAAUAAUGCAGAUCAUCCUACAUCAGAAGGAGAUUCAGAAGCUACUGAUAUUGGCAGUCAAGGUUCAGUACAGCAACCAAUAGUCGUUCAGCGUGUUUUUCACAAUCGACAUUCUUACCAUUACAGUCAAGAGCCCUCAACAUCAACAGCAAAUAGACAAGUUGAUGAUUCAUUUCAGGGUGUGAGUCAUAAGUCGGAUAGCAAUGUUGUGGUUGAGGAAAGUUUUGAUGCCAUCAGCAGGGUGUCAGAUGACUUGCUUGCAGAUGCUAUUGAGUUUCCGACUGACGAGCUUGAGACAACCAUUCAGGAGGGUGAUAUUCCCGAAGCCAUAGAAAAACCUUUAAGUAGGCAGAAAUUGGCAUUUGACAGUCCACAGCCAGAAGAAACUAACAAUAAAGUAUCUCGAUCUUCUAGAAAGUUAGAAUCUGAUGGAACCAAUGAAAUUGAAAAUGAUUCACAAUCUACGGAGGAUAUAGUAGUAUUUAAAAAGAAACCUUUAAGAAAGCUAGAGUCAACUCAGGAGUCUGAUUCAGACACUGAUAUUGAAUGCAGUCCAGUUAUUGGAGACACGCAGGCUAUCAAACCAGUUUCAAUAUCAAAAAAAGCAGUCAUUGAUUCUGACAGUGAUACUGAUAUUGAAAAUAAAGAGAAUAUCAAAAAUUGUAGUAAUACGAAUAAUAUUAAAGAUAAACCUUGUGGAUCUGAUUCAGAUACAGACAUUGAGGAUAAAGAAACUGUUACAGCUAAAGAAGACAACCAGAAGAAAACCACAGCAGAUUCAAGUGAGGAUCUAAAAGAAAAUGAGAAAAAUCAUCAUGCAAUUAAAGGAAACAAAAGCAGCAUUACACCUGACUCUACCAUACCUAAAUCUACCGACAAAGAAAAAGAAACUAGUUCUACAGUGAAUCAUACAACUAGUGCCACUAAUGUAGACUUGGUGAAACAACAAUCUGCUCAAUCUGAUUCUGACACAGAUGUUGAAGAUUGUAAUCAGAAGGAUGUCGCAAGGAAGUCAGCAGAGGAUUCUAUAAGGAUAUCAGACAAAUUACAAAACAGAAAUGCCAGUCUCAAUGAUUCUGAUUGUAUACCAGCUACUCAAGACGCAUUUGCAUUGGCUUUUAAUUAUGACCAGAAGAAUGAUAAAGUGAAUACAGAUUGCUCGGAAGAAAGUUUCAAACUGGGGUUGACAGAAUUGAUGGAAGGUAGUCAAAAUUCUCAACCUUCAAGGAAAUCUAACGGAAAAAAUUCUGAAGAACUGUCGAAGAAAGAUGACAUUCUUGAAGGCUUGAGAAAAUCUGAUCAAACAAGUGCUGAAGAAUUGUCGAAAGAGGACAGUAGCCCAGCUAAGAAAGUUGGCAAACUUGAAGAUGAGCAGAAAACUGAACAGAUGAAUAUAGAAGAGAAUGCUGAACCUGGUCCUCAGAAGCCUGACGAUGAAGCUCAAGAAGAUGAGGUCUAUCUAAUGCCCACUCAAAAAUUAGACAUUCCAAAUACUUCCGCAGAAGACAAACAGUUUAAAAUACCUUCACAAAAAUUUACUUUCAAGAAGAAAACAUUGCAAUUAGAACAGUCUAUUACAACAAUGUUUUCGACUCAAACUGAUGAUAUGUACAUGAUGCCUACUCAGAAAUUGAAUGAAGACGGCACCGCAAAUGGUGACGAUGAUGAUGAAGAUGAUGUGUUCUUUGCAGCUACUCAGGUUGUUGAUAAAUGUGAAACAAAAAAGAAAGACGAUGAUAAUGAUGACAUAUACAUUGCAGCCACGCAGAUUGUUGAAAAUCGCGAAACAAAAAAUAAAGACAAUGAUGUUAAUGACGACGUAUAUAUUGCAGCUACUCAAGUUGUUGAAAAACAUGAAACCAAAGAGGCAGGCGAUGAUAAUGUAUAUAUUUUACCCACUCAAAGGUUGACUGAACACGAAAACAAUGAAAUUGUAAAUAAUAUAUUGGCAGAGAAUCGUUCAGAAACCAGAAAAAGUAUAGUCGAAAACGUUGGAAGAACUGGUGAUGUAGACGCAUACGAUGUUCCUACACAAGUACUUGAGACUGAUGCAAAACAUUCCAAGGAAAGUAAAUUGAAAGAUAAUGAUUUGUAUGAUGCACCUACCCAAGUAUUACAAAAACCUGACGAUUCGUCAAAGGAACUUGGAGAAAUUGAAAGGAAAGAUUCUAAAAAUUCUAUAACGCUGAGUCAAUUUGAAAAUUUUGCACAGAGUACAGCAGAUAGUUUGAAGCAAAACAAUGUGAUUCUUGAAGAGACCAGACCAGAGACAUUGAGUCAAAUUGAAACUUCCAUUAAACAACCUUUGAAUGCUGGUGACGAAGCGGAAGGGAAACCAGCAUUCAAAAAUGAAAAUUCUGCCUCGAAAACUAAAUCCACGAGAAGACUCCAUUCUAGGGAAUCGUUAGACAAAACUAAUUACCUUAGUUUGCCCAGAGAAAGUAUAGAUCAAGAGGCUGCUAUGUCAAGUGCCGAAAUGAUACGGAAAGAUAUUAUAAAAACUAUGGAAAGCAUAGCUACGAAAGAACGUAGUACCUCGAGUAGAAGCGGUAGACGAAAAAAAUCUCCGGCUCCUGAAAUGAAAGAGAAAACUGUCAGUGCUAGAACAGCGGCAAGGAUGAAUAAAAAAGAAAAAAGUCACUUGAAUGAAGUAACUGAAAGGAAAGACGAGAUAAAAGAUGAAGGCAUUGAACCAAAAAGCAACGGGAUCACAGAGGAAAGUAAAACAUUGUCCAAAAAAACUUGCGAAGGUGAAUCUACUAGAAACAAAAAGUUAAAAGCUAUCGAGGAUGAAACUAAAAGCACCGAUUCAGUGAUAAAUGCAACUAAUAGAAGAAAAAUAAAAUCAUCUUGUGAUUCGGAAACAACUUCUGGUGACAGAGAGACAAAAACAUCGAAUAUCAGAUCUACUAGAAGAAGAAAUUCUGAAGCUAGGGAAGAAUCGACACUGUCUGGUAGAACAAAAGAAAGAGGUGCAAGAUUAGUUUCGCGAGAAUCUGACAUAGAAAAACAAGCAACGGAAAGUGCUUCUUCUAGACCUAGAAGGGAUGAACCGGUUGCGGAUGAUGAUGAAAAAAGCAAGGCAAAACCAGUGGCUUCGACUAGGAGUAGAAGAGGGGAUUCUCAGGAACCAAAUACCAAGGAAAAAUCAGCAGAGUCUAAUAGAAGUGCAAGAUCACGUUCUCGAGAACCUAGCACAGUUGAAACAACAACUGAAAAAGCCUCUUCUAGACCUAAAAAGGGUAAAUCAAUUGCUAACGAUGUUGAAAAAGUUGGGAGAAAUAUGGAAGCUUCUACUAGAAGCAGGAGGGGAGAUUCUUGUGAACCAAGGGAUGAAUCGGUAGAAUCUACUAAAAGAAAAGGAAGACCGAGAAAGGAUAAGUCAGUAGCUGAUGAUAAAAAUAUGGAUACAACAGCAGUAGCUUCUAAAAGAAUUACUAGGAAAAACUCCAGCGAUAUUGAACAAGCAAAAUCGAGCCGUAAGCGGAGAGGUUCAUCGAGUGACUCGAUUGAAGAAACUGUCGUUGAAAAAAAUGCACGUUCUACCAGAAAGCGGGAUAAAAUUGUUAGUGAUUUGGAAACGAUUUCGGAAAAUGAUAAUAAUAAUGUGAAAAGUAAGCCAUCAGAAGAUGCCGUUGUUCCGUCAGUGUCUGGAAAAAAGAAGCAGAACGAUGAUGGUGAUGAUGAAGUCAGAGAUUUUGAAAUUUCAAAACCGACAAAAGCAAGGAACACGAAGAGACCCGCAGAUGUGGCAUCUACAUCUAGCUCACCAUGUUCAGCCAAGAAAAGUAAAAUGGAUAUGGAUCAUUCAUUAUCAACACCGGAGAAAAACAGAAGGAGACAGAAACCCAAAGUCGUCUUUACAAUGUUGGACAGUCCACAAUUGGAGUCGUUUGUCAAACAUUUGGGAGGAAGUAUCGUGGACAAAGUCGACGCGUCUAAUGUUUUGGUGACUGAACAUGUCAAAAGGUCCAUGAAGCUUUUAAGCGCUGUUGGACUUGCAAAACCGAUUUGUUCUAUAGAAUGGAUCAAGGCUUCAAAGAAAGCUCACGAAUUCCUUGAUCCAUGGGAUUAUAUACUCGUAGAUAAAGAUGCCGAAUCAAAGUGGAAAUUUUCGUUGAAGGAAUCGCUAGAAAGAGCUUCUAAGAAAAAAUUAUUCGAAAACUAUGUUUUCCAGAUUAUGACUACAAAUGCGGCCGAUGUUUUGAAAGGUGCAAUCCAGUGCUGUGGCGGAAAGUGUGUAUCGAAAAAACCUCCUGGUGACGGCACGAACUUCGUAGUGGUCGCAUCUCCUGAUCAGAGGAACCGAUUUAAGAAGAUUUACGAGCAGGCUCCAAAAGCGCUUGUCAUAGAGCCAGAGGCAAUAUUUGAUGGAGUUUUAAGACAGGAGGUCCGAUUCUCGAGGCAUUUACUGACUUAGGUUUGCUGCAAUGACUCAUGGGGAGUGAUUAUUUUUACGCAAUGGACUAGAUUAUGAAAAUAUAAAGUAGAAGCGAAGGAAUUUUGUAAUAUAUUUGUAUACUUAUUUUUGAAAGCCACGCUAUUUAUAAUUUUGUAUAUUUGUACAGUAUUAUAAGAGAAAAGCUUUGAAACGUGUUGUAAUUUUAUUUCUUUGAUCUUAUUGUAGGGCGAACGUUUCUGAAAAUAGC